GGCCAUGCAGAGCUGCCUGUCCUGGCCGGCCACCCCGGGGCCGGCGUGACCACAACAUCCUGCCUGUCCUUUUCUGGGUCCAACGCCUCCGUCACUGAACAGUUUGAUGGAGAAUCGGUCGGAUGACAGCGGGAACUGUUGUUAUCACCGGGGGAAUCCUUGCAACGGUGAUCCUACUGUGCAUCAUUGCCGUGCUCUGCUACUGUAGGCUACAGUACUACUGCUGCAAGAAAAAUGACUCCGAUGAGGAAGAGGAGGAGGAGGAGGAGGAGGAGGAAGAGGAAGUGCCCGACCUCCCCACGCACUCACACCUCGGCAUGUGCAACGCCUGCAGCUCCCGCAUGGUGGACGGCCAGGGCAGCCCCGCGCCCCCGCCCAGCGAGCUCAACCAGCACGGGGCUCACAACUACUGCCCGACCUGCUCCCCCUACGGAUCCCCCUUUUACAUCCGGACUGCCGACAUGGUGCGCAACGGGGGCGAGAGGGUCACCUACACCCCCGCGUGCUACAAGGAGAUGGGGCCGCCCAUCAACAUGGCCACCCUGCAAGGCUACACGCUGAGCCGGCACGGCCUCCUCCGCGACAGCUUCCCGAACCCGCGGGCCAUCAGCACGGAGGUGUAGUCACCAUUGCCACUAGCACAGGGUGUCCCCAGCCGGCGCCCGCUCGAGGGAAGGGGCUUUUCACUUGUCUUUGGGGGUGUUCCCGCAGGGAGGACCCCGUAGGCCCAGCCCCAGACCAGCACGGUCCUCCUGCUGACCCGCCCGGCACGGCGAAGCUCUACGGGCGAGAAGGGGAGCGAGACCUUGAAGGGCGAUGUUGAACCGGCCACCUCCGAACCCAUCAUAAGUGUCAUUAUUAUCUACUCUGUCUCCCAAAGGGACUUGUCUAACGAGGGCUAUGUACAGUACAACCUAAUUUAAUUACCCCCAGCUCCCUGAGCCCAGAGUGAGGCCUUGGGUGCCCUCUGCCUCCGGCACAAGGUGCAAUGGGUGACCACCCGCCAGCUGCCGCCCCUGGCAAAUCCCAGUGCUGAAAGGGGCAUGGCAGCGCUCCUCGGCGAUGGGAAAGCAAGGAAGGGAGGAUCCAGGUCGCCCUGCUCCCCUCGUGCUGCAUCAGUUGUCACUAGCAGUUACCUUUUCUGUUCGAGUGUAAGAUAGGGCACCGCGUCCCACCUGCUUCGGCCUUCGCACGUGCUGAAGAAGUUCAAGACAUGAAUUUAGGUCACUGCCGGGGGAGGCAAAGCUGCUCGCCAAAGCGCUCACCCACGCGAACGGGCACAGGCUGGUCCUUCUGCGGCCGAAGCCCCCACCUCUUCUACUCUUCACAAGCUUUCUUAGGAGCAAUUUUAACUUGGACCCAUGAAAACGGCAAGAUUUUACUUAUGGGAAGAAUUGUAUCCCUAAAUAACUGUGGUUUUGUUCACCUUCUGCUUUCAAGGCCCUACCCAACCCACCCUGACAGCUCCAACGGCCAGAGGAAGGUUGGUUUUAGGAUGAAUUUUGCUUUCAACAGCAACAGCAGAGUCCACCAGGUUGCAUCUCCUCCUUUGCAGGGCCCACAGCCUCCCACAGAAGAGUGAUAUUCAGGUGGUUGGGUCCCCCCUGCUUUUGUUUUUGGAAGAAGAGGCUGCAAGACCCAAAUGCGGGUUCACCGGCACUGCGGCUGGCAGUGACAGCCAGUGACUCUGCCUUUCUGCAAAAAUGAAUGUGGGAAAGUUUCUUCUUCCUCCAUAAAUCAAAUUAGGUGAAAAAUUACUAAAAGGACAUCUCCAUCAUUCACAGGCACUUCCAUAGCAACCAGUGCAGGACUGCUCAGCUGAGCGCUUCCCAUUCACAGCAGGGAGGAGGGACCAGGACAGCAAUGAUCCCUGCAGAUGCUGUUGGAGGCAAUGGCAGGAAACACUUGCCAUGCCUUUGCAAUAUAGGUUAGGACUGCUCAGAAAUGUGAGUAGUGAGGUCUUUCUUUCACCACUGCAAUUUAGAAAUCAUCCUGCUGCCCACAGAAGGAUUUGGACUUAACCUCCCCAUUCACACAGGGAAAAGGUAGGUCUCAGUAUAGAAGGCACAUGGUACAUCAGCCUUGAGUGUCCACAUUUUCAGGCAAAAGGCUGAUGUUUGGACCUGCUCUUGCCUUGGCACCUCUGCUCAAACAACCUGAAGAAAAGAGCCAGACAAAUGCCACUGGUCAUGGUCCUUGUAACCAAACACCUUGUCCCAGCCUGCAUUUUACACACACUUCUGAGCAAAUGUUAUGCACCAUCUCCCCCACCUCCGGCCCAAAAAGACACUGCAUUUCCAUUAUCUGGAGACUCGGUCUGGCUGCAUCGCUUUUAGAGUCUCUUCCCAUUCUUCAAAUAGUGAUAACAGGUUUUAAUGUCCUCUCAUAUUAAGGGCAGGCAGGAGGGAAGAUGAAAGUUAGCAGCAGCAAAGCUCUCUGGAUCCCACUGGUCCAUAGUCUGUAGCUCCUACCGCUUCCCAUCCAGCCCGUGCUCCUCCCUGAAAAUACCGUCUGUAACGGGAAGAAAAUCUUGGCUAACUCGGUAAAUCCCAUCCUUUCCCACUAGAGCAUCUGCUCAGCUCGGUCUCACCCUGCUGGGAGCCACGAGAAGUUAAUGUGUCCCAGAUCUCUGCCAGAAGGCCCUGCCAUGCCGUCCCCUCGGCAGGCACAGAGCCAGCACGGACACGGCGGCUCCUGGCAUCCAACUCUACCUCUUGGCACACACAAAAAGGCUUCCCACCCCAAUGGCCAUGACCUCCAGAGGGUGGGAAUAACACAGGGGCUUCUGCUUCUGUGGGUCACCCCUUUGGUGAAAGGGAAGCCAUUGUCAUCUUCAUCACAUGCAAAUUAAGCGUGACCUGUCACCGGCUAACGAGGUGCCAAGGCUGGGGAGGCAGUUCCAGAACAGCCGGAUGGCCAAGAUGAGGGUUGGCCUCGCAGCCAACACACACCGUGGGUCUGGCAGGGCCACAGGGAAACGGGUGAGUCUGAAAGGGCUGGAAACACAGGGGAUGCAGCUGAGGAUGAGAAGGUUUGGGAGCUGGUGGAGGAACAGGAUGGGGUAGGGACAGGGAUCCCAGAUUUUUUCCACUUCAGAUUCCUCCUGUUACUAUUCUCUGUCUUUGUUGCUCAGCUAUGGGUCCAAAUUUA